GGCUGCAUUGCUCCGUUGAUGCGUGUGAUUUGCCGGUAUCACUAUAAUGUCCGGCCCACUCGAUCGCUUCGCCAGGCCUUGUUUUGAGGGAUUUUAUGGUAGUGAUGAGAGAAGAGAGAGGAAGUCUGAUUUUGAGAACUCCGAGGAUGAGCGGAGGACUAGAAUCGGGACUCUGAAGAAGAAGGCCAUAAAUGCAUCCACUAAAUUUAAACAUUCUCUCAAGAAGAAGGGUAGUAGAAGAAAAAGUGAUGGCAGAGUCAGCUCUGUUUCUAUCGAAGAUGUCCGCGAUGUUGAAGAGCUACAGGCUGUUGAUGCGUUUCGACAAUCACUCAUUUUGGAUGAAUUGCUGCCAGACAAACACGAUGACUAUCAUAUGAUGUUGAGGUUCUUGAAAGCAAGGAAAUUCGACGUUGAAAAAGCAAAGCAUAUGUGGGCAGAUAUGCUUCAAUGGAGAAAGGAGUUUGGUUCCGACACUAUUAUGGAGGAUUUUGAGUUCAAAGAAUUGGAUGAUGUGCUUAACUAUUAUCCUCAUGGGCAUCAUGGUGUGGAUAAGGAGGGUAGACCAGUUUAUAUUGAAAGGUUAGGGAAAGUAGAUCCCAACAAGCUAAUGCAAGUUACCACUAUGGAUCGCUAUGUGAAAUACCAUGUUCAGGAGUUCGAGAAAAGCUUUGCAAUAAAGUUUCCAGCAUGUACUAUUGCUGCAAAGAGGCACAUAGAUUCAAGCACUACAAUCUUAGAUGUUCAAGGCGUGGGCUUCAAGAAUUUUACAAAGUCUGCGCGAGAACUAAUUAUGCGGUUGCAGAAGGUUGAUGGUGAUAACUAUCCUGAGACUCUCUGUCAAAUGUUCAUCAUUAAUGCUGGUCCUGGGUUCAGGCUUCUGUGGAACACUGUGAAGACUUUUCUCGAUCCUAAAACAACAUCAAAGAUUCAUGUUCUUGGAAACAAAUACCAAAGCAAAUUACUUGAGAUAAUUGAUGCCAGUGAGUUGCCAGAUUUUCUGGGUGGAAGCUGUACCUGUGCAGAUCAGGGAGGUUGCCUUCGCUCUGAUAAGGGGCCCUGGAAAAACCCUGACAUCUUGAAGAUGGUUCUUAGUGGUGAAGCACGCCGCGCAAGGCAGGUUGUUAAAGUCUUAAACAGUGAGGGAAAGUUUCUUGCUUAUGCUAAGCCACACUACCCAAUGGUAAAGGGUAGUGAUACAUCUACAGCUGAGUCAGGAUCUGAAGCAGAGGAUAUUGCAUCCCCAAAAGCUUUGAAGAACUAUUCACAUCUUCGAUUGACUCCUGUUCGAGAAGAGGCUAAGGUUGUAGGCAAGGCAAGCUGCGCUGGAAGCUUCUCAGGUUAUGAUGAGUAUGUUCCUAUGGUUGACAAAGCUGUUGAUGCUGGUUGGAAAAAACAAGCUUCCCUGCAGAAAGCGCAUUCUCCCAAAGGAACAGUUCCGGUACCUAACAUCCCAAAAGAUCCAGAAGGAAUUCAAGCUCGGAUUUUGGUAGCGGUUAUGGCCUUCUUCGUGACUUUUCUCACUCUCUUCCGCUCAGUUGCUUCCCAUGUAACUAGGAAGCUUCCCGACACAUUGGCUAAUAAAGAACAAAAUGUUACUGAACCCACUGUUGACGCAACAAAUAAGGAAGAGUGCCGUCCUCCUUCACCAACAUCACCAUUUGCAGGUGCAGAUCUUCUUCCUACCGUACUGAAGAAAUUGGCUGAGCUUGAAGAGAAAGUUGAUACGCUCCAAUCUAAACCAUCUGAGAUGCCUUAUGAGAAAGAGGAAUUGCUGAAUGCUGCUGUUUGUCGUGUGGAUGCCUUGGAAGCAGAGUUAAUUGCUACUAAAAAGGCUCUCCAUGAAGCUUUAAUGAGGCAAGAAGAGUUGCUGGCUUAUAUUGACAGGCAAGAAGAAGCCAAAUUCCGGAAAAAGAAGUUUUGCUGGUUUUAAGUGUUGCUGAGGAAGAGAGACCACAAAAGAGGAUCUGCUAGACCUAAAGCUGUUUCUCAAAUAUGUGAUCUCAAUACUAGUGUAUGACUCGACAGUUGACGAACCAACCUUCGAUCCUGUAGUUGAUAUACCAUCUGAAAUGAUGCCAGUGUCUAUUGAGAACACAUUCGGAAAUGUCCAUCUGACUUUAUCGUAAAGGAUGUUGUGCAGUUUGGUUUACUUAUAAACUUACACAGGGAGGGUAUGUUGAAAACAGUAAUUGGAGUCAUAAAACCUCCGGUGCUUUAGAAAAAUAUUGCAAUGUUCAUAACGACUAGAGAAAUUGUUCACUUAUCUGAGAAAUCCAAAUCUGAUUAUUUG